AUCGCCGCCAAAGGGGACUGUUCGCACCUGCGCCGUCUAUGCGCCAUCCUAUCCUUGCAGAGAACCUUCACUCUCCCCGACGCCUGGAAAGCAAUGUUCAACAUUGCCGUCAACCAGUCGCCAUGGACAAACAGGAGGGAAGAGAUUUCCUGACUUCGCUUCUCAACAAGAACCUGCGCGUCCUGGCUACUGAUGGCCGUAUGUUCCUUGGCCAAUUCAAGUGCACCGAUCCGGAUCGCAAUGUAGUACUGGCUCACACCUACGAAUAUCGACAGCCAUCGGCGCAGCAGCGGGCUGAAGCUGCAAAGAAGGCUACAGAAGGAACCGCUUCGGUCACGAUGGACAUGACAUCCCGGUACCUAGGCUUGGUCGUGGUGCCUGGGCAGUACAUUGUGAAGAUUGAAGUAGAGGAGUUUGCGAGUCAGAUCGGGAGUCGGAAUCCAUACGCCGACGUUGUCGUAUAGGUCUCGAAGGUGAUUGAUCAUUUGCGCGGCUGUAUCCGGGGUGGAACGAAUUGUGAAGCGCUCACGAUUACUGGCGCGGAACAUCCGAACUCCAUGAAGCAUCACGCAGCAUGUAUGCAGUGUAUCGUUUGGGUAUGGAAUACUGGGCAUU